AUGACUGAUGACUGCACUGCAAAGAAAUCCACCGAUUCAGAGAAGGGUACCACAGUCGAACCUAUGGAUGCCGCUACUCUAAAGGCCCAACAGAAGAAAAUCAAAGGCUUAGAGGCUCUAAAAACUCGAAGAUUUGUGGCCAUGGACCAGAUUGAAAGAGUGAGGUUAUUUUCUGUUCAAGCCAAAGAAAAAUCUGCUACGACGUCUGUGCCCGAUCUGCAAGUUCGUAUUGAAGCUCUAGAGUCUGCUUUUAGCAAUUUUAAGGUGGCACAAAUGAAAAUUGAAGAAGUUGACAACGAGGAAAUUAAUAAUCCGGAGCGCUCUCAUAACGAAGAAGUCUAUUAUUCAACCAUCGCCACCCUUAAAGUUCUUCUGAACACCAAACAAGCGAACAAGGAUGAAACAUUGGACGUAUCCCAAUCAAUUUCUAAUAAACAUGAUUCAAUCAAAUUGCCAGUAAUUGAACUUCCUUCAUUCUCAGGUGACGUGACUAAGUGGACGGUUUGGUAUAAUCGCUUCGUAUCAUUGGUGCAUAACAAUCCCAAACUUUCCAAGCAAGCUAGAUUUCAUUACCUUCUUUCGAAAUUAAGCGAAACGGCAAUUGCUCCAGUUGAAGGGCUCAAAAUAGAAGACGACAACUACGAUGUGGCAUUAGCAAGAUUAAAAGAACGUUUCGAAAACAAGAAAAUAAUUGCGCAGGAGCAUCUUCAACGCAUAUUCAAUCAUCCUAAGAUUCAUAAGGCUUCCGCACCAGAUUUAAGAAACUUGGUGGAUAAAAUCAGCAACCAUUUAACCGGUUUGAGUAAUCUGAAGAGACCUGUCGAACAUUGGGACGAUGUUGUUGUUUUCAUAAUGACAUCCAAGCUGGAUCCUGCAACUCUAAGUAAGUGGAAUGAUGACGCACCAACAGAUAGACUACCAAGUCUGAAGGAACUUUCAGAUUUUCUUAAAAAGAGGGCUCAACAUCUUGAAGGUAAUGUUACAAAUCAAUUAUUUACUCUUGACUCUUCAAUAAAAUCUGAUAAUCAAAAAGGUCAGAAGUCUAGUUCAAAACACUGUGUAAAAGCAUUUAUUACCACAAAAAACACUUGCAUAUUCUGCUCAGUUCCCGGUCACUUUAUUUAUCGAUGUUACAAAUUUCAAAAUCUUUCUAUUCCGGAACGUAUACACAAAAUUAAAAAUAUGAAUCUAUGCUACAACUGCUUAAAGUCUUCAGAUCACAGUAGCGCCAAUUGUCCAUCUAGUGGUUGUCGUCAUUGUGGAAAGAAACACCACACACUUUUGGAUCUUGUUGAAAAUGCUACAAGUUUUGUACCACAAGCUCCACUUAGUUCAAGUAGUCACCCAGUGGCUUCUGAAAAUCUCACUGCUUCUAAAGAAAUGCCUGCUUCAACUUCUCAUUUAAUGUACUCCAGCUCUACUGAAAAUAGUAUUUUAGGAACAGCUGUCAUAAAUAUAAUAAAUAAACUGCAGCACAUUGUACCCUGUCGGGUACUUUUGGACUCAGGGUCCCAAACUCAUUUAAUAUCUGAAAGGCUCAUGCAGUGCCUUGGAACGCAACGUCUUCCAUCCCAUACCACUUUAUCUUGUGCCAAUAACGUUGUUACAAUAGCUAAACAUAAGACAAUUCUUAACAUUGGCUCUCGCAUCAAUGGAUUUACAGCUACAAUUGAGGCGCUUGUGAUACCACAAAUAACGGGACUGCUACCUGAUAAGAAAAUUGAUAUCAAAGGAUGGAACAUUCCAAACAAUAUUAAUUUAUCUGAUCCACAUUUUAAUGUUCCUCAGCGUAUAGAUCUGCUUCUUGGCGUAGAUUUAUUUUACACUCUACUAUGCGUUGGACAAAUCAAGUUGGGAUCGAACUUACCUGCGUUACAAAAUACUUUAUUUGGGUGGGUAGUGGCAGGUCAACUUCCAAAAUCCAAUAAUCCGAGCACGUCCAACCGACGUAGUUUUGCUAUUAGAAACACUCCGCAUGAAUCCGAAUCAGAUGGAACACUGAACAAUACGUUAAAGGCAUUCUGGGAAAUUGAAAGCUUCAGCAGUCAAACAGAUGUUAUGUCAGCAGAAGAAAAGGAAUGUGAAAAUCAUUUUGUGAAACACUAUUCGCGCUUAGAGUCUGGUCGCUUUAGUGUCAAACUUCCCUUUAAACAGAAUCCACGCUUACUAGGCAAUUCCUAUGACAUAGCCAAAAGGAGGCUUCUGUCGCUAGAAAGAAGAUUUCUUAAAAACCCAGACCUGUUCCAACAAUACUCUGCCUUUAUGAACGAAAUGCUGCUGAAUUCUCACAUGGAAUUGGUAAAUAAAGUAGACCUUACCUCUCCACAUUAUUUUCUCCCUCAUCACUGCGUAAUGAAGCCAACAAGUUCAUCAACAAAAUUACGUGUAGUGUGUGAUGCUGCAGCCAAGACAAGUUCUGGAAAAUCACUGAAUGAUAUUCUGAUGGUAGGUCCUGUCAUUCAGCCAGAUUUGUUCUCAAUUGCUCUGAGAUUUCGGAGACACAAAUUUGUAAUGACAGCUGAUAUAACAAAAAUGUAUCAUCAAGUGCGGUUAGAUGAGUCUGAUCGACGAUUUCAUUAUAUUUUAUGGAGAAAUUGUGAGAACGAAAUUGCCAUUUAUCGUUUGUGCACGGUAACCUUUGGCACUGCCUGUGCCUCAUUUUUGUCGACGCGUGCGUUAAAGCAGUUGUCCAUCGACGAAGGGGAAAAAUUUCCUGCAGCGGCUAAGGCUAUUAUCUCUGAAUUUUAUGUUGACGAUCUCAUCACUGGCUGUGACUCUCUCGAUCAAUUAAAAGAGUUGAAAUCAGAAUUAAUAUCAUUGCUAGGUAGCGGUGGUUUCAUUCUAAAGAAAUGGUGUGCAAACUCUCUUGAAAUUAUGGAAGAAGUUCCAGAGAAUGAUCGUGAGCAAUGUUUCAAAAUAAAGGGUAGUGAGGUGAUCAAAACAUUAGGUACCUUUUGGAGCCCAGUCGAAGAUAUGUUUCACUAUGAGAUAACUCCCCUGCUUUCAACGUGCAUAACAAAGAGAACGGUUCUCUCUGAUAUUGCUCAUCUUUUUGACCCGUUAGGUCUGAUAAACCCUGUGAUUGUGCUUGCUAAAAUUUUUAUGCAACAGCUGUGGCGUCUGAAACUUACAUGGGAUGAAGCUUUGCCCCAAGAAUUUUAUCACUCAUGGUUGAAGUUUCGAAAAAAUCUGGGUGAACUCAACAACAUGCACAUUCGUCGCCGUGUAUUUUUUGGUCAUCCAGCUAACUAUCAGCUUCAUGCUUUUUCCGACAGCUCAGAAGAUGCUUUUGGUACAUGUGUAUAUAUACGUUCUGUGGAUGAUAAUGGUACGGUGAGAACUAACCUUUUAUGUGGCAAAUCUAAAGUAGCACCUGUGCGUAAGGUAACCCUACCACGUUUGGAGUUAUGUGCUGCAGUGAUGAUGGUUCAGCUUGUGCAACGAUUAAAGGAGAUUUUUGGUUCCAUCCUACAUCAUAUUACUUAUUGGACGGAUUCGUCAAUUGUACUGAAUUGGAUCUCUGAGGAAUCAUGCAACUUUCAGACCUUCGUAGCCAAUCGUGUUUCAAUUAUUCAUCAACACUCUUCAGUUUCUCAAUGGCGGCACAUUUCUUCGGAAUUGAAUCCUGCGGACGUAAUAUCGAGAGGAUCAUAUCCGUCAGCAUUAAUUAAAAAUGAAAUGUGGUUCAGUGGACCUUCUUUCCUGAAGCUGGAAGAAAGCACUUGGAAUUCUUCAAAUGUAAUAUUGAAUGUUGAUGAUGCCCAGCUUGAGCGAAAAAGAACCAAAACUAUUUUUAAAAUUUGUAUAGAACCUGAUCUUAUUGAAAACAUAAAAUACCACAACAACUUUGAAUCUCUGAUCAGAGUAGUUGCUUACAUUUUUAGAUACAGACAUAAUGGGAUUAAGAAGAAUAUAAACACAUUUGGACCACUUACUGUUGAAGAACUAAACAAAUCUCUGAAGGGGUUGGUAAAAUACGUGCAGCUCGUAAGUUUUCAAACAGAAAUCGAAACAUUGUCCAAAGGCUAUCAACUGUCCUCAAGAUGUCACAUCAAAUCGCUUGCACCAUUCCUGGACAGUGAUGGUAUACUUCGUGUAGGAGACCAUGCAUUCACCACAAUUUUGGUUCGCCAUCUGCACGAAAAGAAUUUUCAUUCAGGGCCCCAAGCGCUGCUCAGCAUUGUUCGUGACAAGUUUUGGCCCAUACAUGGUAAGAUCGUGGCUCGCAAGGUGGUUCACAAAUGUGUUCGAUGCACAAGGGCAAGGCCAUCACGCAAUCUUCAAGUAAUGGGUGAUUUGCCACAUCAACGAGUACAUCAGUCGAGGCCAUUUAACAUUGUUGGGGUUGAUUUUUGCGGCCCAUUUAGUAUACAUUUUCGUCGUCGUGGUACAUCUCCCAUGAAAGCUUAUGUCGCAGUGUUUGUUUGCUUCGUCACCAGAGCAGUCCAUCUUGAGUUAGUGGAAGAUCUAACCACCCACAGCUUUCUAGCUGCUCUUAAGCGGUUCAUCGGCAGACGGGGACUGUGCUCAGUUAUCUACAGUGACAAUGCUACAAAUUUCAUCGGGGCACGUAACCAAUUACAUGAGCUCUAUAAGAUGUUCAUGCAGAACGAGAACAGGGAGGAGAUUAUAAAAACGUGUGCGGCAGAUGGGAUAGAAUGGAAAACCAUUCCUCCUAGAUCACCUCACUUCGGGGGUUUGUGGGAGGCAGCCGUUAAGAGCUGCAAGUUUCAUAUGAAGCGAACUUUACAAAAUUCUUCUUUAACAUAUCCCGAACUUAACACUAUUUUAAUUCAAAUUGAAUCUAUUCUUAAUUCUAGGCCGAUAACACCUUUAUCUCAGAAUCCUAACGACAUUCAGGCGCUUACUCCAGGUCACUUCCUGAUUGGAACACCUCUCACAGCAGCAGUCGAGCCGCAGUUACACAAUUGUAACGUCAACACCUUAACGCGUUAUCAGCAAUUGCAAUGGUAUUUCCAACAAUUUUGGUUAAGAUGGUCUCGAGAAUACCUGCAAGGCUUGCAAAUUCGCGCUAAAUGGAAUGAAAACCUUCCGCCACUAAAAUGGAGACUUGGAAGAGUUGUCCAAGUUCAUCCUGGAAAGGAUAAUGUCGUGAGAGUCGUGACACUCAAAACAUCCACCGGCGAAGUCCAACGAGCUGUUACGAGAAUUCGACGACUUCCUAUUGAAGAACCUGAGUCCAUUCAAGGGGGGGAGAAUGUUGAGACUUAA